AUCCUUGUUGGGCAUCUAUAAACAGGGGGAUUCUGAUCUGUGACGAAUGCUGUAGUGUUCAUCGAAGUUUGGGGCGUCAUAUCUCUCAAGUGAGACAUCUCAAGCAUACGCCAUGGCCUCCCACACUGCUGCAGAUGGUUGAAACACUGUACAAUAAUGGUGCUAACUCCAUAUGGGAACAUUCGUUGCUGGACCCUGCCUCUGUUAUGAGUGGAAGACGCAAAGCUAGCCCACAGGAUAAAGUGCAUCCCAAUAAAGCAGAAUUCAUUAGAGCUAAAUAUCAAAUGUUAGCAUUUGUUCAUCGCUUGCCAUGCCGAGAAGAUGACAGCGUUACUGCCAAAGAUCUUAGUAAGCAACUCCAUUCCAGCGUAAGGACCGGGAAUCUGGAAACGUGUUUGCGAUUACUCUCCUUAGGAGCUCAAGCCAACUUCUUUCAUCCUGAGAAAGGAAACACCCCGCUCCAUGUUGCUGCUAAGGCAGGACAGACUUUACAAGCAGAAUUAUUAGCGGUUUAUGGUGCUGAUCCUGGCACGCAAGAUUCCAAUGGAAAAACUCCAAUUGACUAUGCAAGACAAGGUGGGCAUCAUGAACUGGCAGAACGCCUGGUGGAAAUUCAGUAUGAACUCACAGACAGGUUAGCUUUCUAUCUCUGUGGCAGGAAACCAGAGCAUAAGAAUGGGCAGCACUUUGUUAUACCUCAGAUGGCGGACAGCAGUCUAGAUUUAUCAGAACUUGCAAAAGCAGCUAAGAAGAAGCUUCAGUCCCUAAGCAACCACUUAUUUGAAGAACUUGCCAUGGAUGUGUAUGAUGAAGUUGACAGGAGGGAAACAGAUGCAGUUUGGCUGGCUACUCAGAAUCAUAGUACACUUGUGACAGAGACCACAGUGGUCCCUUUUCUUCCCGUAAAUCCUGAAUAUUCCUCUACCAGGAAUCAGGGAAGACAGAAACUGGCUCGAUUUAAUGCCCAUGAAUUUGCUACGCUAGUUAUAGAUAUUCUAAGUGAUGCCAAACGAAGACAACAGGGAAAUCCUAUCACUGGUUCAAAAGAAAAUGUGGAACUGAUACUCAAAUCAAUCAGCAAUCAACAUAGUAGUGAAAGUCAGGAUAAUGACCAGCCUGAUUAUGACAGCGUUGCUUCAGAUGAAGAUACAGAUCUGGAAACAAAUGCAGCUAAAUCAAACAGACAGAAGAGUCUGGAUUCAGACUUGUCAGAUGGACCAGUGACAGCCCAAGAAUAUAUGCAAGUUAAAAAUGCAUUGGUGGCUUCUGAGGUAAAGAUUCAGCAGUUAAUGAAAGUGAACAUCAACUUGAGCGAUGAGCUGAGAAUCAUGCAGAAAAAGCUUCAAACGCUACAGAGUGAAAAUACCAACCUCAGAAGACAGGCCACAACCAAUAUAUAUCAGGUCCAAAGUGGUUCUGAGUACACAGACCCUACCAACAAUUCUUCUUUAAAGCGGCGACCAUCUGCACGGGGUAGCAGACCCAUGUCCAUGUAUGAGACUGGAUCAGGUCAGAAACCCUACCUCCCCAUGGGAGAGGUCACAUACCCAGAAGAAAGCAUAACAAGACUGCAGCCUUUCCCUCCACAUAUCGGGAGGAGUGCGUUUGUGACCUCCUCUUCAUCUCUACCUUCCUUCCCCUCCACGCUUUCCUGGUCAAGGGAUGAAAGCACACGAAGGACUUCAAAGCUGGAGAAGCAGAGCAGCGUGUCUGAGAGUGACUACGAUAACCCCACCGCCCCCCUAGAGCUGGAGGAGACGGGGUCGGGCAGGAAGGGCCGGCAGAGGAGCGUCAUUUGGCAGGGGGAGGGAUCCAUCCCGGAAGACGCUGACACAGCUCCCAGCUCCAGUUUGCCCAGUACAGAAGAUGUGAUUCGGAAAACUGAGCAGAUCACUAAGAACAUUCAGGAGCUGCUGCGAGCAGCGCAAGAGAACAAGCAUGACAGCUAUAUACCAUGCUCCGAGAGAAUACAUGUGGCAGUAACGGAAAUGGCAGCUUUGUUCCCAAAAAAACCCAGAUCUGAACUGGUAAGGACUUCUUUGCGUCUGCUGACAUCUAGUGCCUACAGACUCCAGUCCGAGUGCAAAAAAACCCUUCCCGUGGAGACAUGCCCUACGACAGACAUCCAGCUGGUCACGCAGCAAGUUAUCCAGUGCGCCUACGACAUCGCCAAGGCUGCUAAACAGCUGGUUACCAUCACAACCAAAGAGAACAACAACUGAGUCACACUUGGCUUUUUAGGCUUGUUUUUUAAAGGUUGGAUUUCAAAUAUAGGUGUGGAACUAUUCAAAUUUUUAUGAGAAAAACUAAAGGGGCAAGAAACUUUUUUUUUAAAACUCAGUAUUAUUUUUGCAUGUUUUCUAACAAUUUUAUGAUUAAUUUAACCCACUGCCUUAUUUUGUGCCUGUGUUGCCAGUUUAGUUACAGAUAAUAGCAUGUUGCAAAUAGCUGUUGAGCCAAUAUCACGUACCAGCGUUAUAUCAAGCUCUUGCUAGAUGUUUCCUUGGGGCCACGUUCUGCUUUCAGAUACUGCUUGCAAACCUCCCGCUGACAUCAGCUGCUCCUAUCGGAGGGCAGAAUCUGGCCUCUGCUCCGUCCAUCCCGGAGCCGUGUGUGCCGUGAUGUCGCUGACUGAGAAACCUGCAGCGACACAGGGCUCUGACGGCUCCAGGACCAUAACUGCCACCCAGCAGGAAGAAGGCUGUAGUCCUGAUAACGGAGUACAAGCCGAAUAUUAUCUGUUCCCAUAUUGACUGUUGUGCAAUAAUAUGUUUUUAGUCUGCUAAAACAAUAGUAGUUGUGGGCAUCCGAGCUUAUUACAUGUAACUAUACAAGGUCUUUGUCACUUUAUCUGUUUUGGAAGGAAUUUGAAAUGUAAUAGUUAUUUCUUUUAGUUGUCACUAUGCCAUUAAUAUAUAUGUUUGAUGUUAUUUUAGGGCAUUAGUGGUUAAAAUAUUAUCCUUUGUUUCCGAUUUAAUAAUUCAUUCUUAAGUUUUCUACAGAAUUUUACUGUCAUCUCCAAGGCACUAUCUUGUUUGCAGCAGCAUUG